AUGGCUGGAAGAGAUGAUUACUAUGGUGGCGGUCGUGGAGGUGGUGGAUACGGCGGUGGUGGAGGAGGAGGCGGAUAUGGUGGAGGAGGACCUGGGGCAUCGUGCAUAAACAAGCGUCCGCUGGUGAUGUUCACAAAAAUCGAUAGCAACUGCGCCGUCAUAAUUGGAUACGAUGCUAGCUUAGCAUCGUUGCACCCACAAGAUUUAAUGACCUUACUUGGCCCUCAAAAGCUUUUACGAGUAAUGGGGACUUAUAAGAAUACCCUAUACGGUUAUGAGUCUAUAUAA